CCCUAAAGAUGUUAACUUUGAUUAUUAAAAAUUAAUCUUUUCUGGUUCUCCGACUGAAAUGGAAGAGACUCCGUUCAAACGACCAGUUGAGCCAUGGAGGGUCCUUGAAUUUUACAGCGGCAUUGGCGGCAUGAGAUAUUCGCUUAUGAAGGCUGGUGUUAAUGCGAAAAUAGUUGAAGCAUUUGAGAUUAAUGAUAUUGCCAACGAUGUCUACCAACAUAAUUUCGGCCAUCGCCCUUACCAGGGAAAUAUCCAGACUUUGAGUGUAGCUGAUCUUGACAGUUACAAAGCACAUGCUUGGCUUCUUUCGCCACCUUGCCAACCUUAUACUCGGCAAGGCCUUCAGAAGGGCUCAGCUGAUGCUCGGGCAUCCUCUUUUCUCAAUAUUGUGGAACUUAUACCUAGACUCUUGCAACCACCUCUUAUGAUAUUUGUGGAAAAUGUUGUGGGAUUUGAGACAUCUGACACACAUAGAAGGAUGAUUGGAAUGUUGGAAGAUACUAUGUUUGUUACACAAGAAUUUAUCUUAAGUCCCUUGCAAUUUGGUGUGCCAUAUUCAAGGCCGAGAUAUUUCUGUCUGGCGAAAAGGAAACCCUCUUUGUUUCAGAAUCCACUCUUCGACAAACAGUUACUCCGCUUUCCAGGCCCCCUCUCUGUUGUGCACGAUGAUCCAUCAACUGGUGAAUGUAAUGACAAGAGCCACGAUGAGUUGCUUAAUGCGUGUGAGCCAAUAGAUAAUUUUCUCGAGUACAGGUGUAAUAAUAGUGAUAACUCUGAAUCCACGAAUGCGUCUUUAAGUCAGUAUUUGGUUCCGUCGAAUCAAAUUGAGAGAUGGGGAGAUGCAAUGGAUAUUGUCUAUCCUGAUUCUAAACGAUGCUGCUGUUUUACAAAGAGUUAUUUUCGAUAUGUUAAAGGCACCGGUUCUCUUUUGGCAACCACCAGUGCAAAAUUAAAAGAUAAAAAAGAAGCUUCUUUGGAGGAUAAACAGCUCAGAUAUUUUACCCCGAGGGAGGUUGCAAAUUUUCAUUCGUUUCCAGAGGAAUUCAGUUUUCCUCCGCAUGUGAGCCUGCGACAAAGGUAUGCAAUGUUGGGGAACAGUUUGAGCGUGGCUGUGGUUUCUCCAUUACUCGGUUACCUGUUUGGCGAAUCAUCGGAAUGAGGUUUGAGCAAAAACAGAAGAACAGAACCUUAUGGAUGUAACCUUCCAGGCUCCCACCAAUUGGUUUCUAAGUAAAAGAUUGAAAUGUUCACUAUUCUUUGUAGGUUUGUUAUUGAUAAUGUAUCAAAGUAAAAGUUGUUUUUUUUGGGUUUGACUUAUUAUAGAUAUGGUGUAUUGUUUUUGACAAUCUCUUCUUAAUAUAAAUUUUAAUAUUUAUAACCA